AUGUCAAACACAAUGCAUGCUCUCCAACUCGUCAAAUAUGGCUCUCCAGAGGAAGCCUUCUCAUACAAUGAACAAGCGCCAAAACCGGCCAUCAAAUCAAAACAUCAAGUCUUGGUGCGUAUCAAAGCUGCCGGUGUCAAUCCAGUGGAAGCAAAAGGAUCAUCUGGCAACAUGAAGUUAGCAACAUUCCCCAUGAAGCUGCCUGCUGUUAUAGGUGCUGAUUUCUCGGGUAUCAUUGAAGAAGUCGGCACUGCCGUCAAGGACUUCCAAGUGGGCGAUGAGGUGUUUGGCUCCUUGCAGUUACCCAUGUUCUUGGAGGGUACCUUUGCUCAAUACACAGUGGUGGAUACUACCAAAGCCUCCAUUGCAAAGAAACCUGCAAAUGUAUCAUUUGAACAAGCUGCCUCUGCUGGUAUCGCUGCUAUCACUGCCUAUCAUGGUAUCAUUCAUAAUGGCAAGACGUUCAAGAACCCUGAUUUGAAUCGCAAGAUCUUGAUUGUGGGUGCAAGUGGAGGUGUUGGGUCGUAUGGUGUUCAAUUUGGCAAGGCUAUCAACAAGGAGAACACGGUUGUUGGUAUCUGUAGCAGCCCCAACGCUAAAUACGUUCAAUCACUGGGUGCUGAUCGAGUUGUAGAUUACAAGGACAAGGCCGCCUACGACGCAUUCAUUACGGAAGAAAAGGGUACGUUUGAUAUUGUCUUUGAUUGCGUUGGUGGAGAAGAGUAUUACAAUCAACUGGAUCCUCUCUUGAAGAAGGGUGGCGUCUAUUCUACUGCUGUGGGGCCCAUGGAACAUGCAGGAUCUGAUUAUGUUGGUAUUUCCCAAAUUGCCUCUAUAGCUGCCAAGCUGGUGUACAAGAAGUUGUUUGGUCGUCAUGCUUAUUACUUUAUCCAUAUUCUUCCUCAUGGCGAAUUUAGAGAUAAAAUUUCGAAAUUCUUUGAAUCAGGCGCUGUUCAUGGUACCAUUGCCGAUGAUAGUAAUAUCGUUCCGCUUAGGGAGGGUGUUCGUGCCUUUGAACAGCUUCACACCCAUCGUACUGUUGGCAAGAUUGUUCUCCAAAUGGAUUAA